AUAUUUCUGCAGUAUCGAAAUUUGAUUGCUGAAGUGCACUCAAGUGUAUUAUCAUUAACAGUAUGAAAUUGAUAUUAAUAAAUAUGAACUAUAAAGGACCUGGUCAAAACAUUGCAGUAGCUAUAAUCUCUGCCAUUGAGUUUUCAAUUAAAAAUAGAGACUUUACAUUGAUGUUAAAAUAAUAUACUAGUCAGGAAAAUAAUUGUGGUUAAUAAUACACAUGUUGGUAAGUGAUUCAAACUCACAAGGUUAGGGUAGAGUGGGAAGUACUAAGUUUAUUUUCUUCAGAUACUGGUAAUCUAGGGUAGGUAUACUUAUUUCUCUCUACCACUUCUGCCUUGGGUUUCUCAUUACUACUUUAAUUCCAGAAACUUGGGCAUUAAAGACUCUUUAUAACUUGCUGUACUUGUCUUAUUGAGGCACUUCCAAAUUAACCAAGUAGAACUAAGGUGGCUCGUGGAACCCAAUAAGAGGUCCACUAUACAUUUGGUAUCUAUUGUGUCUCUUUGACUUUCCCAUAAAAUAUGUAUUUGUUGGAAAUCUUUGUUUUUGAAGAAGGUAAAUAUUUGGGUCCUUAAGAUAAUGAGAUGAAGAUAGAUUACAAAUGAUUAGAAAGGAUUGGGUAGAUGGAGGCAAUUUCAAAUAUUUUUGUCUUAUUUAUAAAAACUUUUGUUAAGGUCUGUUUAUUUAGCGUUUUUAUACUUGAAAAGAAAUUUAGCGUGGGUGUAGCUAAUGGAUUUUGUGUGCAUAUUUUGAAUAGGACAAAAAGAGAAAGAUAACAAUGAGAGUUGUUGGACAGUGCCUCAUAGGAUUAAAUAAAUAUUAAUUUCAUUCAUUCAUAGGUAGUUUACUAUGAGCCAGGCAUUCUUUGACCUUUGGGGAUACAACAUUGAACAAAACGAUGCAAAUCUUCACCUGCUUGAUGCUUACUUUUAUUUAUUUAUUUAUUUAUAUUUUUUUUAUUUGCAGUGCACGGGCUUUCUCUAGUUGCAGCAAGUGGGGGCUACUCUUUGUUGCAGUGCAUGGGCUUCUCAUUGUGGUGGCUUCUCUUGUUGCAGAGCACCAGCUCUAGGCGUGCAGGAUAGAGUAGUUGUGGCGCACAGUCUUGGUUGCUUCAUGGCAUGUGGGAUCCUCCCAGACCAGGGAUUGAACCCGUGCAUUGGCAGGCUGAUUCUUAACCACUGUGCCACCAGGGAAGUCCUGGUGCUUACAUUUUAGUGAAAUGAGAUGAGUUCAUGAUUAAGUAAAAUAAUAUUACAUGUCCAAUGAUUACAGGGACUAUGGAGAAAAAGCAGGAAAAGAGUAGCUAUCAUGGGGGUCUUUUGUGUCUGUUUUUAUGCUAGUACUAUACUGUUUUGAUAACUGUAGCUUUGUAAUAUUUUGAAACUAGGAAGUGCGAUACCUCCAGCUUUGUUCUUCUUUCUCAAGAUUGCUUUGGCUAUGUGGGGUCUUUUGUGGUUCCAUACAAAUUUUAGGAUUGUUUGUUCUAUUUCUGUGGAAAAUGGCAUUGGAAUUUUGAUAGGGGUUGCAUUGAAUCUGUAGAUUGCUUAAUGAACAUCUUAACAAUAUUUUUUCAAUUCAUGACCAUGGGAUAUCUUUCUAUUUAUUUGUGUUUUCUUCAUUUUCAUUCAUUGUUGUGUUAUAGUUUUCAGUGGAUAGGUUUUUAACCUCCUUGGUUAAAUUUAUUCCUAGAUAUUUUACUCUUUUUUGAUGCAUUUGUAAAUUGGAUUGUUUUCCUAAUUUGUUUUUCUGAUAGUUGGUUAUUCUUGUAUAGAAAUGCAGCAGAUUUUUAUAUAUUGAUUUUGUAUCCUGCAACUUUUGUUUAAAAACAAAAGAAUUUGUUUAUUUGUUCUUACAGUUUUUUGGUGGAAUCUUUGGGGUUUUCUAUAUGUAAUAUCAUGUCAUCUGCAAAUGGAAGCUUGUGGAAGGCUUCUACAGUUUGUUUUUCUUAAAGAAAUAGGAAGCAAAGUUAUUAGCUUAGAGUAAGGUUGGGCGAUGUGAUAUCAGGUUUGAGAAGAGAGGAGAAAGUAUAAAAUACUUGAUGAGCUUCCAAAUCAAGGUGUAGCUGAGUGGGGUCCUCAGUGGCUGGUCUCUUCCAGCUGUGAGCGGGCUCCUUUGUGAAUGAUCUAGGGAAAUGCAGCUUGUUUUCCAGGAUUCAGUUUUGUCAUUGUUUCCAUAGGUCAUCCUUGGAGAUGGAAAUUCAUCACUACUUUAUAUUCUAAUUAAAGGCACUGCCAUAUGGAACAUGUCCUGAGUCAUCUUGAAUUUUUUUUCCCCUUGGUACUUUUUCCCAUGUGUAUAUUUACAACAGCAAAUAAUUAAACAUUUAUUGAGCACCUGCAGUGUGUGCAGUCCCAAGGGAUAUAAAAAAUGAACCUGCUGUUACAGAGCCUGCACAGUUACACAGUGUAAGGACUUUUGGGGAUUGGGUGACAGUGAAUUUAGGAAUUCUCUCUCCAGUGUUAGUUGCAAUCAGUUUCGUUGGACUAGCGGGGUCUAAUUUUUUGCUUGUUUACUUGUCUUAUGUGCCUCCUAAAAUUUUCUAAGUUCCAUCCCAGAUGUCUGAGGCAAUUUCAAGUUUUUAGAGGCACUAUCAGCCAAAAUCUUGAAGCUGUGAUAGCGCAUGUACUGCUGCAGAGAGCUUGUUAGAAACCACUGGCAGCUCAGACAUUUCUGAUGAAGAACAAUCAGUAGUGUAUGUUCCAGGAAUUUCUACAGAAGGAAACAUCAGAUCAAGACACAAGAUGGUGAAUCCAAAAGCUGAUGUUAAACUUAAGACUUCCAGGGUGACUGCUACUUCAGUGUCCAUGGAGUCUUUAAAAGCUGCAGGAGAUUCAGUAGAUGAACAGAAUUUCUACAGGGGAGGAAUAAAGAGCGCAUCAUUGAAGGAUUUAUGUCUUGAAGACAAAAGACGCAUUGCAAACUUGAUUAAAGAACUGGCCAGAGUAAGUGAGGAAAAGGAAGUGACAGAAGAAAGACUCAAAGCUGAGCAGGAAUCAUUUGAGAAGAAGAUCAGGCAGUUGGAAGAACAGAAUGAACUGAUCAUCAAAGAAAGGGAAGCUCUUCAGCUACAGUAUAAAGAGUGCCAAGAACUUCUAGGCCUCUAUCAGAAAUAUCUAUCAGAACAGCAGGAAAAGCUCACUGUGUCUCUCUCAGAACUUGGUGCUGCUAAAAUUCAGGAACAACAGGCUUCUUGCCUGGAACCCGCUCCUCAUUUGAUUUGGCUGCUGCCGCCACCGCCUCUGCUGCCACCACCGCCUCUGCUGCCGCCGCCGCCUUAUCCAUCCAGAGUUUGUGAUUCUUCUCCUACCAAAGAAUUGUGUCCCAUCCAGUGCAUGGUAUCCAAUAGGAAAAGCACUCUCCAGUCUUCAUCUGUGGAACUGGAUGGGUCCUACUUGAGUGUAGCCAAACCACAAACCCACACUCAAACCAAGCAAAGACCUAAGUCUACAAAUCAGGACUCAGCUUCAGAAUCCCUUGCGGAAUUUAGGAAUAAUUCUUUGAAACCAUCAGCCCUUCAUUAUCCCAAAGAGGAUGUGGACAAGGUGCCAUCAGAGACCAGAACACGUAAUUAUGGAUCCCCAGGGAGGACGCUAGUAGAUGCAGUCCCUGCAGAGAAAGUUCCAUCGGAGGAACUGAAGAUGAAGGAAUGCCAACACCUUAAGGCUACUCCGUCUAGUCGGUGUUGCAGUCAUAGACUUUCUGAAAAUGCAGAUUAUGUUCAUGAGAGCCAUCUGACAAAUAUGGUCCCUCAGUAUUCCAAAACACAUCUGGAAUCAUGCAGGUAUUGUGGGCUUUCCUGGACAUCUCUGAUGCGUGGCCAAGGGGCACUGAAGCCUAUUGAAACUGAUGUCAAAAAGCAACUCUCAGAAGAUAGAAGGCAGCAACUUAUGCUUCAGAAAAUGGAGCUGGAAAUUGAAAAGGAGCGCCUUCAGCAUCUUCUGGCCCAGCAGGAGACAAAACUUCUCCUAAAACAGAAGCAGCUUCAUCAGUCUCGACUGGACUAUAACUGGUUAAGAACUCAAGCUGUAUUUAAGUCAAGAGAACUGGUUGCUAAUAAAGAGAUUAUUAAACCCCGAGAGUUCACUCUGGAUAUGAAAGAGAGUGGCUCUGGACCAAGUUUAUUGAAGUCAAAAUGUGAUGGCUGGAUGCUUGGAACAUCAUCAUCCAGCAAAAAGUACCAGGACUCCGCUAACAGUGGAGAGAACAGAAGGGAGAAGAAGACAGUUGGGUUUCAGUCGCAUAUGGAAGAUGACGCCCUGUGGACAGGUCAAAAGAAGGAUGCAUAUGGACCCCAAAGAGAGUCAAUGGCAGAAGUUAGAAAAGAUGCGUCCACAUCUCCUAUGACAACAGGAAGCCAAAAGGAGCUUAUAAUCACAACCACGUCAUCAUUCCAACAUGACACCUCCCGGUAUGAGACAUCUCUGUUGGAUUUAGUUCAAUCUCUGAGUCCAAAGACUGCUUCCAAACCCCGGCCCCAUCGCUCCAGAGAAGCUGGGUCAUGGAAUCACAGUACUCGCCGACUCAGUCCUCUAAAAUCAACCUGCAACAAGACGAGGGCAGGCAGGACCCCUGAAGACCUGGAGGAGAAUCAGAUUCUGGAAGAUAUCUUUUUCAUUUGACGCUGAAGCACAUGCUGCAAAAUUUCCAUCAGAAAUGAGUGGGUGUUCUUAUAUACUGAUCUAGGAUUUUAAAUGAUUUGACUACAACAUAAUUGUGUCUCUCCUUUCACAGGGCUCUAUCUCACUAGCAUCCUGUUAUGUAUCAAAUAUAGAAAUCAUUCGAACAACCAGGGAUAUUUCUGAUCAGACCAAUCAGUAGAUAACAUUAAGGUCGAUGCGGGUGGAGGGCAGUAGCUUUUCUAUGCCAAGCAGGGAUUAGAACAGUAACAUGGGACACGUUCUGCAUGGCAGGGGCCUUUGCAUACUCAGCCUCAGUCAAGAGUGUUUCCUCCUCAAUAUUUGCUGGAAGAGGUUGGCCCUCUUUUGUACACAAGGGAAAACUUUCCACUGAAAGAUGCCUCUAGUUUAAACGUAGCCCCUUUCUAACGUCAUUUCAGAAAGAUGGGCCCUUUUACCUCUCCACACUGUCUUCUUACCGCUUACCUCUUUCUAAGUGCAGUCGGUUCAUUCCGAGGUUGGAGUUGGUGCCCCUCCCAUCACAAGCAUCCCUGAGGGCCAAGGUGAGGCAGCAGCAUCAGCCUGGCAGCUGCCCGCCCCCUCACCAAAAGGGCUGAAUGAGCUGCAGGGAGGCCCCCCAGCCCUUGGGAACUGGCAUCAGGUUACUCGAGAGAGUGCUGCCUUAGUGGAGGCACCGGCCUGAAAUGCUUGUCCUACCAUUUGCCAUUGCCCAGGAUAAAUAAGAGCACUCUCUAGUAUCUUUCAUGGACCCAAGUGUCUGUCUUAUUUGCCCUUGUGAACGUCCCAUCAGCUGCUGCAGGCUGACAGGCUUCCCCUGGCCUCCCCUCUCUCUCCAUGUGAAGCCAAGGCCCUGGUUGACCAGGCCUUGUAUGCACUCUGCUCAAGGCCACUGUCUCAUGACCCCAAAGAACCACCUCCACGUGCCAGAUAAUGUUCCACCACCCCAAGCGGAGUCUCCCCCGUUCUCCCACUGGGCCUCACAGAGAAAGCCCGUGGAAGAAGUACACUCGGAACCUUGUACACCUUCUGCCCUCCUGUCCGGCAGAGCUCUGGAGGUGGGUCCCCCAGCUUACAGUGGGUCCAGUGGCCUCUCAAGCUGAUGGGCAGUAGGAUGAGCCUGGCAGAGCCAGUGAGUUUAAAACCUUCCGGUCGUUGGGAGCAAGGGGAAGGUACGUAUUACUUGAUGACUUUAUUUGGUGUGAAGGAUGUUGCUUUCUUCUUUCUCCCUUUCACCAACCCCUGGCCUGACCUGAGACCAGGCCUGUCAGUCAUUAUUGGUGGCCAGUGUCAGACCGUGCAGGGCAGCCUGCGCUUAAUGAGGCUGCGUGGCUUCCCUGAGGUCUUUACCAAAACGAGACAAUUUCAGUGUAUAGAAGCCUUCUGGAGCAGCUUCCCUGUCUGGAUCAAUCCAAAUCUCACUGUCUCUUCAGACUGAGGCCCUGUCACCUCCACCCAGCCUUCCUUCACUUUGAUCUUUCUGUUCUGUGGAGGAGAGAAGAAUAUAGCCUACCAACACCAUAUUCUUAAUCCGAGGUAAAUAUCAGGUCAGGACAAACUAGUUGUAGCCAUUCAGUUGAAAGGUUGAAAAUUAUUGCAGAUUACAAUUUCCUCCUAAAGUUCACCCCUGUGAAAGCAACUGAAUCAGUUUGAUCCCAUUCUAAAAGCCUUUGGAAAAUAGAGCUUUCUUUGGUGUAGCAAAAAAAAAAAAAAAAAAAAGGUGGAAACAAACUGAGAGCACUUGGCCAUUUUCUCAGUUACAGUUGGGCUUCCAGAGCUCUCUUUUCCUCGCCGUGUGUCGUGACCACCCUAAGUGCACCCAAGCCCUUGGGUCACCCGUAACCACACUUUCCCAUCUUGGACCUCAAUGUCCUUACGGCACUCUGGAGUACGAGGAUGCCAGAAAGACCAAGAAAAGGCUUGUGAUUUCUUCAAGAGGAUUGUUUGCCUUUAGAAGAAUCAUAAACGGGAUCUAAACUAAAGGCUUUCGGGGGUUAUAUACCACAAAAUGGAGCUUAAUUGCUUCUUUCCCUCUCCUGAAUGAGCAGUUUGGAAGAGCAAAGAUGGAUUUUCAGCAGAGCAUCUAUCAACCUAUUUUUCAUAAACCACAUUCCCCCCACCAGUUGCCCUUCUCUAUCCCUUAGGCAUUUCCUGGGUGUCAGGGCAGUAGGAUGUGAAUUUGUGUCUAGUCUAAUGUCUUCAUUAUGAAUUGAACAGUAUAUGUUAACAUUUUCAUCUGUGUCUCACUUUGAGAUCUAUAUAUGUAUAUAUGAAAAGGUUGUUGUAGAGCCUCGAGGCUUUUGUAGAGCCUGGAGGCGUAACCUAAUUGCAGACUAACCUGCCAAGGGAGAGGGUCUGGCAUACAGGAAUCUGCCUUUCCUCCCUAUUAAGCGCUCCCAACAGUGACUGGCUGGGAUGUGCUUGCCCAGCCCCCAGCCAGUUCCCCCAGGCGAGACUGGACACGUGCUGGGGAUGCUGCAGGUAGUGUCACCACAGGGCCUACCUGCCUCCCACUGCUCUCGGGGAGAAACACCAGCUAAUAUUUGCAAAACAGGAGAGGACAAAUGCCCAUUGAAGCUCCUUAAGUAGGGCCCAAAGUGCUUGAUCUAGAAAACCAAAGUCAGUCAGGAAAAGCUUUUUCGGACAGUCACCCUUCCAGGAGGCACACUUGUGUUUACAAACCUGACCUCCAUGGGGGGGGACUUGUCUAGAGCACCCCGAAUGUCAUGGGGAGGGAGGGCCCUCUCCUCCAGAGCCACUCCUUUCACUUGGCACUGCUUUCAGCACCGUUGUUCACAUGAGAGAUUUGCUGGUCAGAAACCCUGGGGAGGGGACAGGCCUAAAGGAGCAGAGCUCGACCAAGUCUGCCAUCAUUAGGGAGGUGGAGACAUGGCAGGCUCCUCCCAGCUCACACUUCAUCCCUGCAUUCAGAGUGUGUUAGUCUUAAUGUGGGCAGAUGUUUAUAUACAUAUGAGGUUUGGGGUAAUAACUUAUCUCCAUGGCUAUUUUCCCCAUGUGGUUUGAUACUGAGUUGUCCCUUGAACAUCCCUCAUCCGAUAAGUGGAGGAUAGCUUGAAAGCAAGAGCAGAGCCUCUGGUUGUCAAAGUGUGCUUUCUCCUAGUACUCGUUAAAACAAUAGGAAAGGAGGUAGUUUGCCACAUCCUAUAGGUUUUCCUGGCUGACUCCAGUUCACUCCCGUCCCAUAAACACCAAGCCUCCUCUAGGCUGUGUGGUCACUAGAAUGGGAGGUUCAUGCACACCUCUGAGAUCCUUCUGUGUACCUUUUCCCAAAACUGCUCAGCAAAGAAAUAUCGGCACUGCGAUGCAGGAAAAAUAGUCCUGCCUAGUUGGCUUUAGGUGCUGGGAGAAAGUAGGCAAGGGCUUGAGUGCCUGCAGUGUCCAGUUCUGAGAUCACACCUAUGGAUUCAACCAAGACAGCCAGAGACCUUAUCCUGUCCAUGCUCCCCUAGCCAGCCUGGCACCUCCCCCUGAACCAGGAGGCUUUGCAGCUGCCCCUCAGAGACAGAGGUGGCGAGAACAAAAUCAUCACUUAACUGGCUCCCAAGCUGAAAAUGAACUAAGUAAUGUUUGCCCCAAUUGUAAUUAGCUUACGCUUGAGUCUAGGAACAAAGCUAGAGUUGAGCGGGGUGAGGGUGACACCCUGGUCCUCAGAGAAAGAAUAACCUGGCAGCUAGAGAGCCAGUUUCAUAAAUGAGUAACCAGCUACACAGUUCCUCAGAGUUUCUCAGAGCUGCUGUUCAAGGUGGGCUGUUCCUAAGCCCCUAGGGUUCUAUCCUUCCACUCAGAAGUGGGACCUUCUCCCCUCUCAGGCUUCAGCUUCAUAGCUGUUCCCCUCCUGCCUAUCUCCACCACAUGCACACUCAGAAUUGAGCACCUAGAAAAUGCCCAGGCCCCUUUUUCCCUCCAC